ACAGGACCUGAACGCAGCAUCUGGCCAGGGGCGGGUAGGCGCUAACCGUGCAGUAUGGCGGACGAUGGAGAUAGUUCGAGCGGAUCAGUUGACACAAGCGGCGGGCAGGGGGCAGCGGACGAGUCGGACGGGCUCGGCCUCGGCGCGAUGUUGCUGAAUAUCAGUAUUUUAGUUCUGGUUGUGGCAGUCUGUUUGGUGGUGUACCGGCGGUGGGGCAGGAGGCUCGUCUCCGCCGCGGCCCAGGGCGACGAGGCCUCGUCGCUUCCCAAGAUGAGGAGACGGGACUUCUCUCUGGAGCAGUUGCGGGAGUACGACGGACUCCAGAACCCCCGCAUCCUAAUGGCUGUUAACAUGAAAGUUUUCGACGUGACCAGCGGCAAAAAGUUUUACGGGAAAGAUGGUCCUUACGGCAUUUUCGCCGGCCGGGACGGUUCGAGAGGCCUGGCCACCUUCUGCCUGGAGAAAGACGCCCUGCGGGACGAGUACGACGACUUGUCAGACCUCAACGCUGUACAGAUGGAGAGCGUGAGGGAGUGGGAGAUGCAGUUCAUGGAAAAAUACGAUUACGUGGGGAGGUUGCUGAAGCCCGGGGACGAGCCGUCGGAGUACACGGACGAGGAGGACAUCAAGGACCACCUGAAGCACGACUGAGGCGCUUCCAUCGCACCGACCAAAGCCAGGAGCCCCAAACAGCUGCGACCCCCCCCCCCCCCCCCCAGACCACCUCCUCUCCCACCCUGUCGCUCUACCCGCCACUAUUUCUUCUCCUGCCCUCCCUUUCCCCCAAAACUCUCCCCCCUCCUUGAAUCUGUCCCGUGCCGUGGCUGUUCUGGAAAGGGGCAGGACUCGUCUCGACGCCCAGACCUCCCUCCCUCCCUCUUCGUCCUGCCUAGAUGAACACCUACAAGAAGCAAUGGAAAAACCUUCAAUGAGGGCUUCUUUUCUUUUCUUUUUUUUAUUACAGAAAACAUGUCUGUGGGGGAGGGGAGGGGAUGUGCCAUUAGAUGUAUUUGAAAAACACAAGAUUUAGUCAUUUCUCCGGGGGGGGGGGGGGGGACACGCGAGCGCUGGGUGAAGCUUGGUCCGAGGUAGAGAAACACAUUGGUCAAGGUGUUAGUGAUCCGGAUGGGGGGGGGGGGGGACCAUUUCUCUCUCUCUCUCUCUCUCUUUUUAUCUCUUGGUUUAGUCACAUUGUACCUGAAACUGCUUCAGGCUUCGGACAGACUUUUGUAAAUCCAAUCUUUGUGUUCGAUUUAAUCCCCCCCCCCCCCCGGCAGCGCCGCGGCCUGAGAACCAGUGCUGUGGAAAUUGGCAGGGUGUUGCAUUUUCCUGUUGUUUGUAGUGUAUGCACUACUAGUUUUCUUUGUUUGUCACCAUGUGAUUGUAUUUGUUGAGUAGCAUUGGGUGAGGGAGGGACAUUCUUUUUUCUUUUUUUUUUUCUUUUUUCUCCUUUUUUGGAAGGGUUUGGCCGGGGGUUUAAAGGUCUUUGCCAUACGAAUUUUGAAUCCCAUCAAACGGACUGAAUCGCCGAUCGGGAAUAUAAAGGGAAGGUGACAAGGCAGUCCUAAUCAAUCGACGCAAUUGUUUACACGCCUCACAAGCCAGCUGCAAGUCUGUAGAUCCCCCUGAAAAUGGUCCAAGUAUUAAUCGUGCCUUAUUUUGUUUGUUGUGUCAGUCCUGGCCGUUCUAACCGAGGAGGCGAGCGGAGGGAUGGAGGUGGCGGUUUUUCCCCCCUAGACUCGGUCCCCUGGACUAUUAAGAAGGCGUACGUUCUGUCAGUCGUCCACACACAGACUGUAAGAUUUCCCCACUUCACAAACUUUGUAAAUAGAUCGUAUGAAUUACUCAGUGUUACUGCCAUAUUUAUGUAGUUGAUGAACUCCAUAUAUGUAUAAUGCUAUGUCCUAUUGGCCAAAACCCCCAUGGUUUGUGUUUUUUGUUUUUUGCUUCUGAAGUUCUUUUUAAAUGUGGGUAAAUUUCCAAAAAAGGGGAGGGGGGAGGGGGGAAAGCUGUUUUUGCAAUUUUUGAUUUUUUGUUUGUUUUGUUCGGAGACGUUGCUUAUCCUGUAAAUAUAUCUAUCGUUUUAUUAAAGCAUGUGCAACAACACAGUCAGCUAUGCCAAAUUCCCACCAUGUCAUGUAUUUAAAUGGUGUGUGUGUCUGCGUGUGUAUGUAUCUGCGUGUGUAUGUGUCUGCGUGACAGAAGCAGGAAGGGAUUUGUUCAUGCAUAAUAAAUCGAUUUGGUUAAUAAUUGAA